GUUUGAACUGCACCUCAACCCCGCCCGCCCCGCCGCGAGUGUGUAUGUGUGUGCGUGUUGUGUGUUUUCUCAGCGCAGCGUACUGAGUUCCUGAACUGCCCUCUCCGGUUUGGUUUGUUAUUAACUUCCCCACCCCUGGCGACGGUGCAGAGGCUGCUGUCCCGGGAAGAAGCGGCUGCUCGCAGAGGGCGCAGGGCUACGGGCGCGCAGUGGGGCAGGCCGAUCCAGAGCUCUUCAGCCGCCCCCUCGACGCUCCGCCUAGGGCAGCUUUGGCACGCUAGGCCGUUAACGCGACGCUCCUUUUGCGCGCUUCCUGCCCCUGCCCUUGAAGGACAAAACAAGCCGAGGGAGGAGGAAGGAAGCCUUAUCGGUCGCUGAACACACUCGCAGGAGCGCGAUGGCGCAGUUUCUAGCCAGACUUUGGCUCCUGGCCGUGGGCCUGGCUGUGACCCCCCGACUCACCCAGGCAGGGUCCCCCUUCAUCCGUCUCAUUGACCAGGAGGGCCCUAUCCUUGAAGGCAGCAACGUGACGCUGGAGUGCCUGAGCGAUGAAGACGGGGAGAAUUUAACUGGAUUCACCUUCCAGAAAUACAGCAAGUGGCUCCACACCUGGAUCUCUCUGGACAAAACUAGCGAACUGCGCUGCUGGUUUUAUGAUGUUAAUAUAAGACAUGAUGACGGGCGCCUCCUGUUGACCAUCCCUGAUGUGCAGUCCUGGCAUUCUGGACCCUACCGCUGUGCCAGUUCCAAUGCCACCGGCAAUGCCUCUGUCUCCAAUGAACUAAACCUGCAAAUGGAAUAUCUCCGCAGCAUCCACUUCAGUCGUGCAAAUACCUGGUGCGGGACAGUGGGGGGUUCCCUCACGGUGCUUGAAGGCGAGGAUGUGAAACUUUACUGUGGAGCAGAUGCCUCGCAGACCCCACGCUACCAAUGGAGCCGAGAGGGGGAUGACUGGAUUGUGGCGUCCAGUUCGUUAAACCUUGUCAAGGUGAACCACGAGCAAGCAGGGACCUAUAUUUGCCAGGCUCAGCAUCCCACUUUGCCCCAGCUGGCCCAGAGCAAGUCCAUCCGUCUGUUUGUGGAGAAGACCCAGCGUGCAUUUUCAUUCGAGUCUUUGAUGUCGCUCAGCACCCCAAUGCUGGCCCUGGCUGUGGCGCUACCUGCCCUCCUCCUGCUGCUGCUGAUCAUGGUUUUGGCCUUCGUAAUCCCCCAUCGGCGGGCGGCCGCUGCCAAAAAGAAAGCAGCCGAGCAAGAUUCCGGCCAGCGCACCCCGAUCUACAAGGGCAGCCUAGAGUCUGUGCCUUCUGUCGUAGGAGAUACACACCCCCUGGUGAUGUAAUAAAGGGAGCACAGGUUGAAAUGGAUUCUGGUUUUUCUUCUUCUAUGGGAUGGCGGGGAUUUCAUCAAUGUACAGUGAAUGUUUUUGUGUGUAUAUGUUUGAGGUAUUCAUUGUCUUAUUUUUUUUUAGAAGCGGGCAAGUGGAACUAUUGGGACUAAAAGUGCUGGGAAAAGCGGCGGUGUUGUGUAUAUAGGAAAUCCCCUCUUCCCUUUUCUGGGUUGGUUGCUACUUGCCUGCAAUUCUGUGCUUCCCUGUAUGAGGGCGAGAGAUUUAUCUUCAGCUCAUGGGCCGCUCUUUGACCUCCGCCUGUCCUGACAAGCGUUAGUCCUUUCCUAUUCAGAUUGAUGCUGCCUUUUAAAGUAUUUUUUUACUUAUAAUAAAUUGAUGAGAGUAAGUCAGGGAGCAAUCACGCAAGGGUGUGCUUAGCAGGAUUUAAAAUGAUGACUCUGGCCCCUUCACUGAAUAACUUCUUCCCCAUUUUCUCGGUUUCUUUUUCAUAGCUGCCAAUUUCCCUCUUUUUACAUAUCAAAGAGGAUAAUAUUCUACAAAACUUUCCAUCUGGGAAAGGCGUAUGUCUUUUAUUAAGGGGAGAGUUAACCCCCUUCUCCUAAAAUCCUCAAGGAGCAAAUGAGGGGCAAAUAAAGGAGGUUUUAAUGGACAGGUGGGGGGUGGGAUUUUUCUCCAGUAACUCUGGACUAGCCCUGAAUAUUAGCUUUGUCUGCAGCAGUGCAUGAAUUUCUGAUUAAUCCACACAAGGGCUAAAUAAUUCUGUAGCCAUUUCCUCCUGUGGAUAGUGGGAAAAGGUCUGGGGACAGUUCUCCUGCUUUGGGGGCCUGGGCUCUGCUUGAAUAUAUAACCCAUUCUGGUUUUCUGGUGUCCUCUUUUCUGCCAGUCCUGCACCAAAACUCAGAGCCCCUUUUCACUGGAGCUGUUGUGCUCGCUCGAAGGCCAGGAAGCAGGAAUAUGUCUUAAACUUCAGUUUUGCUUUGCUGUUAUUUGCAUACCAGCAUAUGGGGGUGGGUGGGUAAGGAAGAGCAAGUAUAUAUCAUGCCUGUCUCUGCAGUGUGCAGUUUAAAUGUCCCCCCAUCCAGCACUUCCUUUCAUCAAAAUAAAAAAUCACAAAAUCUUGCAA